GGUAGUAUCUCAUUAUCAUCAUCACAAAUUCAUAUAAUAUGGCUUCCAAACCAGGCAUCCUUACAGAUUGGCCAUGGAAACCUCUUGGGGACUUCAAGUUUGUGAUUCUAACUCCAUGGAUUGCACAUAGCAUAUACUCGUUCAUAUGGACUCAACGUGACCCGACAUACCAUCUCAUAUUUCCUUAUAUAUUCAUCAGAAUGUUACACAACCAGAUUUGGAUUUCUAUCUCGCGCUACCAAACUUCGAAAGGCAAAUGCAAAAUCGUUGACAAAGGCAUUGAAUUUCAACAAGUCGACCGAGAAACCAAUUGGGAUGAUCAAAUAUUGUUGACUGCACUCUUGUUUUAUAUAGGAUACAUGAUAUUUCCUAUGGCUUCUAAUUUACCAUGGUGGAGAACAGAUGGUGUUGUUCUCACAGCAAUAUUGCAUGCUGGUCCAGUAGAGUUCUUAUAUUACUGGCUUCAUAGAGCACUUCAUCAUCACUAUCUUUAUUCUCGUUAUCAUUCUCAUCAUCAUUCUUCAAUUGUUACGGAACCUAUCACUUGUAUGAACCUUUUUCUUCUCCAUUUUAUCUUAUUUCUUAAUGAACAAGUAAGAUGUCGUGGGUUUGAAUCCGCGCCACUGAAGUCUGAUGUCAUUGUAAAAUUUGAUAAAUUAAUUGUAUUAACUUUUUUUAUUGAUCCUUCGUUUGCAAACUUUGAGUUCUUUCCUAAGAAACUCUUGUCCUUCUUUCCUAAGAAACUCUUGUCCUUCUUUCCUCUUUUCAAGUAUCUCUCGUACACACCAUCGUUUCACUCACUACAUCACACGAAAUUCAGGACAAAUUACUCACUCUUCAUGCCGAUUUACGACUACAUUUAUGGAACAGUAGAUAAAACCACAGAUGCAACAUAUGAAGGUUGUUUGAAGAGACCAAAAGAGUCACCAGAUGUGGUGCACUUAACACAUUUAACAUCAUUUGAUUCGAUCUAUCAAUUGCGUUUGGGAUUUUCUUCCUUAGCCUCCAACCCUCAAACAUCUAAAUGGUAUAUACAUUUGAUGUGGCCUUUUACAAUGUUCUCUAUGCUUAUCACUUGGAUUUUCGGGCGUGCCAUUGUUUUAGAAAGCAACACCUUCAACGAUCUUAAGUUACAGUCUUGGCUUAUACCAAGAAUUCAAACACAAUAUUUCUCCAAAAAGCAUAGCAAAACAUUGAACAACUUGAUUGAAAACGCAAUUAUGGAGGCUGAGUUGAAUGGAGCAAAGGUGGUAAGUCUAGGACUUUUUAAUGAGAAACAACUUAAUGCAUACUAUGAACUUUAUACUAAAAGGUUCCGAGAACUAAAGAUAAAAGUUGUAGAUGGGAGUAGCCUAGUUGCUGCUAUUGUGCUCAACAACAUUCCAAAAGGAACAAAUAAAGUGCUUAUUCGAGGCAAGUUCAAUAAGGUUACGUUUGCGAUUGCUAAUGCUCUAUGCAGUAAAAAUAUAGAGGUAAAUGUAUUAUACAAGGAUGAGCUUGAAGAGCUUGAACAAAAGGUCACCAUGUCAAAAGGAAAUUUGUCACUUUCACCAAUCAAUACUUCAAAGAUUUGGUUAGUUGGAGAUGAAUGGGAUGAAGAUGAGCAAAUGAAAGCACCAGAAGGAACUUUGUUCAUACCAUUUUCUCAUUUCCCUCCAAAGAAAAUGAGAGAAGGAUGUUUCUACCACUAUACACCAUCCAUGAUUACUCCUAAUACAUUCAUGAACUCACACUCGUGUGAGAAUUGGCUGCCAAGAAGAGUUAUGAGUGCAUGGCGUAUUGCUGGAAUAAUUCAUGCUUUAGAAGGAUGGAAUGUUGAUGAGUAUGGUGACACUAUACUUGACACUAAGAAAGUAUGGGAAGCAACUAUUCGCCAUGGUUUUCAACCUCUAAAGAUAUAUGCUCACAAACCAUGUGUGACUAAUUAAUGGGUUAUUAUGGAUAUCCAUUUCUCAAGUUUGAAUUAUCAGUUUGCUUUGCAUUAGUAUAAGAGGAAAGGUUUGUAUUACAUUAACAUGAGGAAAGGGUUCUAUAAGAUUUCCAUGUGUGCUAUUUAAAAUUUAUAAAUGUAUUGAAAUUAAUUAGUACCCAAUAUGUAUUGUUAAUCUUAUUUUAUAUGAA